CGCUGCUUCUCUGGUCCAUUUGUCGAUCUGAGCUUCUAGUUUCCUUUUAAGAGGCUCAAAAUGUGUGGACGGUAUGCCUUGGGCGUGCGCAUGAACUUCAUCCGCAAUCGUCUACAAGACGAAGGCAUGCAAGUUGAUGAAGCCCCCGACGAUGACGAAGUCCGUGAAACCUACAACUUCGCGCCGGGAAACAACGGUGUCGUCUAUCGCGCCGACACACCCACAGAGAACCACCCAGACAAUCUACAAGUACAAUCCUGCCCAACCGGCAAGGGCGUCGCAGGGGAGCAUGCUGCACACACCCACUACAAGCUUCAAAGCAUGAGGUGGGGUCUCAUUCCUUUCUGGACGAAGCGCAAACCCGACUACGGAUCUCUCAUGCGGACGAUCAAUUGCCGCGAUGAUUCGCUGUCCGAGGACAGGGGAAUGUGGACGUUCAUGAAACGCAAGAAACGGUGCAUCGUGGUGUGUCAGGGGUUCUAUGAAUGGUUAAAGAAGGGCCCUGGGGGCAAGGAGAAGAUCCCGCACUUUGUGAGAAGGAAGGAUGGUGAUUUGAUGUUUUUUGCGGGGCUCUGGGACUGUGUUUCUUAUGAAGAUUCGAGUGAGCAGCUCUACACUUAUACAGUUAUCACAACGGCAUCGAGUCCGUAUUUGAAGUUCCUGCAUGACCGAAUGCCGGUGAUUCUGGAGCCCAAUAGCGAAAAAAUGAAGGCCUGGCUGGAUCCGGGACGGACGAGUUGGACGGAGGAGUUGCAAUCGGUUCUCAAGCCGUAUGAGGGGGAACUGGAAUGCUAUCAGGUGCCGAAGGAGGUGGGGAAGGUGGGGAAUAAUUCCCCGGAUUUUAUUGUUCCCGUGAGCAGUAAGGAGAAUAAGAGCAAUAUUGCAAAUUUCUUUGCAAACGCGAGGAAGGGCAGGAUGACGAAGGAGGAAGCACCUGACCUGCAUGUGGUGAAAGAAGAACCAGGACAGGAAAAGGUGAAAGACGACAGGGCCACGAAAGAAGCGGAAUGGAGCGAGGACAAUGCCCCCAAACCGGUUCCCCGAGUCAAGAGAGAGCAUUCUUCGGAGGUUGAGGCCAAGGAAACCAAGAAGCAGAAAACAGAGCCGAGUGCGGUUUCGAGUCUCGGGAAUAGGUCACCGUCUAAACCGGCGACGCUGCCGGGGAAGAACAUGCGCAGUUCCACCCAUAAUAGACCGGUGAAGAAGACCCCGGAGAAGAAGCUGACUGCAGGGACCCAGCGUAUUACGAACUUUUUCCACAAGUGAGAGGGAUGAAGAUGGAACAAACUCAUGAUCUAACCUCUCAGGCUGGACCUGAGUUGGUCUUCUGUAAUGUAUGAUCCAGAUUGUGUAACUGCCAGCAGUUUGUAUGGAAGGCCGUUCCACAAAAGCUAGGUUAAUAAUACAUCCAAAGUAUUGUACAAGGCUUCUGUCGCAGCCUAUUGCGCCUCUUGCUCGCGCAGCCUCUUGACCAACUUUUCUCUCAAGAACGGGCUCAAUCCGAAGAUUCCAUCCCGAGUCACGAUCCGAUAAGUUCCACUCGGUUGAUAAUUUCCAUUC